AGAAAAGAGGGGCCAGCGGGAGGGGGGGGCGAUAAGAGGGGUUAGCUGGGAGAGGGAGAAAGGAGAGGCCAGCAGGGAGAGAGAAGAGGGACCAGCAGAGAGAGAAGAGGGGCUAACAGGAAGGUUAGCAAAGUCCCACGGGGCUGGUAGGCUGUGAGUGAUACUGCUCAGAGGGAGGGGGAGUCAUCUCGCAGGAAAAUCUCAAGGAGUAGUGUGUUGAGACACGGCGAAUUUGAGUUUCUCGUCACAGGUGUCGGUGGGGGCGCUACCUCCAGAGGCUGCGGACGGGAGCCCACAGCCCGGAGAUAUGGCGGCUCUCCCGCAGCAACAGCAGCAGCAGCAGCAGCAGUCUGGUCAGAGCCAAGCGUGGAUUGGGACCCAGGCAGCGCAGGCUGCCCAGUGGGCUCAGCAGUACAGCACCGGUGGUGCUGCCGAGGGUUCAGUCAAGCAGGAGAAUCCGGAGUGGGAGAAGGCCAGGCAGGCCCUGGCCAACAUUCACAAAGCCAGCACUUCCUCGACCUCCGGGGCGCAGACCACCAGCCAGAGCUCUCAGUAUCUCCAGCAGAGCGAUAGUGCCGCAGUGCAGCAGUAUUAUCAGCAAUGGUACCAACAGUACAACUACAACUACUCCUACCCUUACUACAGCCCCUACCAAAUGAACGUUUACCAGGGAUACCAGGGUCAGUAUAGUGUGCCAGGCUACCAGGUGGCCCAAGGGCAGCAGAGCUCCCAGCACGGCGGCAGUCAUGCCCAGCCUCCUGUGCCUGGCCUAGAGGACAGCGGCUCCUACACCAGCACUCCAGCUCAGGAACCGUCGGGCCCCCAGAGCCAGCAGGGACCCAAGCACGGCAGCUCCACGCAGGCCCAGGCCCAGGUCCCGGCCUCACAGCAGCAGAGUCAGUCCCAGGCCGGGGGCCAGGGUGCCUGCUACACCGACAGCGGCAGCAAGGCCAAGAAAGGACAGCCGCUGUGGCACCGCAUGAAGCAGGCUCCUGGCUCCGGGGCGGUGAAGUUCAACCUGUCGCCUCGUCCAUAUGUGGUGAGCGGGCAGAGCCUGACCAGUGCUGAGCAGAAGAGCCACAAGUUCCCCGAGAGGUACCAGAGUCCCAGUGUGUCCCCCACAAAGCCAGAUGACUGGCCCCAGGCCAUGAAGGAGUACGUGCAGCGCUGCUUCACGGCCUGUGAGACCGAGGCCGACAAAGACCGCACUGAGAAGCUGCUCAAGGAUGUGCUGCAGGCCCGGCUCCAGGACGGCUCUGCCUACACCAUCGACUGGAGCAGCGAGCCCCUCCCUGACCUCUCCAAGGAGGAGACCAAGAGCCCAUCGAAGAAGAACAGGUGGGAGCUGGGAGGGUCAGCAUCCCAUCGGGGAGGCCUGUCCUCCAGCCCGUCCCAACGAGGUAACGCUGGGGCCCCAUCCCCCGUCCCUGGAAGCCAGCGCAGCGGAGGAGGUGGGGGAGGCCAGAGGUCACGGGGCAGCAGCCACCCCACCCGCUUCGGCUAUCGCAACGUCUUCACACGGGACUCCAGCUCCUCAUCCAGCGCCGGCUCCCGCUCUGGCUCCUCCAGCCGCUCCCGAUCUGUAUCCCGGUCCCCGCAUCGGAGGCAUCGUAGGAGCGGCAGUGGCUCCAGCUCGGACUCAGGGAGCAGCUCGUACUCAAGCAGUGAGAACCGGGCCGGGGGCCGCAGGCCCCUCCCCAAGGGCCGGGGGCGGGGGCGGACAGACCGGACGCGGGGACGUGGCCGGAUGCAGCGCAACCGCAGGGACUUUGAGGUGACGCCAGCAGGAGGCAGAAAGGGGCGGCGGAUGAAGCGGCAGGGUCAGUUGCCCCUGGAGGACCCGGAUAAGGAAUUCAAGAAGCAGAAGCGGGCAGCCCGCUUCCAGCAGGGGCAGCCAGCCAGGCGACUGAGGACUGCACCCCUGGUGCUGCAGGUCAACAACACCAUUGAUGGCAGCACCGAGCCCCUGGACUGGGAGCACAUCAAGAUUGUGGGCACCAGCCAGGAGAUCACCAAGCACUACCUGCGGCUCACCUGCGCCCCGGACCCCUCCACUGUCCGGCCUGUCUCCGUCCUAAAGAAGUCGCUGGCCAUGGUGAAGACCCACUGGACAGCAAACCAGGACUAUGCCUUCGCCUGCGAGCAGCUCAAAUCCCUGAGGCAGGACUUGACGGUACAGGGCGUACGGACAGAGUUCACUGUGGAGGUGUACGAGACGCAUGCACGGAUAGCUCUGGAGAAGGGUGACCACGAGGAGUUCAACCAGUGUCAGGCGCAGCUCAAGUCUCUGUAUGCCGAGAGCCUGCCAGGAAACGUGGGCGAGUUCACCGCCUACCGGAUCCUCUACUACAUCUUCACCCAGAACUCAGGAGAUAUAACUACAGAGCUAGCCUUCCUGAGCCGGGAGCUGAAAGAAGACGCAUGCGUGGCCCAUGCCCUUGGACUCCGGGCCGCCUGGGCCCUCUCCAACUACCACCGCUUCUUCCGCUUGUACCGGGAAUCCCCCCGCAUGUCCGGCUACCUGAUCGAGAAGUUUGUGGAGCGCGAGAGGAAGCAGGCCCUCAAGGCUAUGCUCAAAACUUAUCGGCCAGUGUUGCCUGUCUCCUAUGUGCAGUCCGAGCUGGCCUUCGAUAGCGAGAGCGAUUGCCGACAGUUCCUGGGCUCUGUCGCCCUCACCUACCUGGGAGCCGACACCACCAAGAUCGAUUGCAAGCAGAGUGCACUUCAGCUGGCGAAUUUCUGAAGCCCAAUCCCAGCCCUGCCAUUCUGCCCUUUUUGCUCCAGUCCUGAUGCCCCUCGACACUGCCAGCGGGUUAUAAAGUUGUGUGGCUGAGGCAUUCGUCCCAGUCCAUUCUGAUUUUCUUCCCCUAGAUUUGAAAGGAUCUUUUUAUAUGCACAUGUGAGGAUACGUUGCACCUCCUGUUUUCCACAUGCACGUACCUAUCCCUCUUCAACUCGCAGUGAGCGUGCCAACUUCGAUCUGCACUCCUCCCACCCCUCCCCUCCCCCUCCCCCUCCCAAGGAACAGAGAGCUACUUCCAUCUGCUCUCUCUCCCCCCACCAGUUUCUCAAUACUCCACACCCACUCCCUGCACACUGCCCUCCCCCAACUCCCUCCAACAACUCCGCAGUCCGGCGUCUGACCGGUAACCCUGCUGACAGUGAUGUGGGUGCAACUUUCCAGAGGUCAAUCUUUGCGAUUUAAGUGUACAUAAUGUGUAUAUUUAAGGUUUGCAUUAACUUGCAAGGAUUUGUACAGAACUGGACUGCCACGAUUGUUUGGAAAGAGCACUGAGAUACAUAUAUUUUUCCUCUUUCAAACCCUCUUUUUUAAGUAAUUGUGUCAAAUUUGUUUAAAAAGAAGUUUAUGUGUAUAUAUUUUUGUACCUGUUUACGCUGUGAGACUAACAAUAUUUCAGUUUUCUCUCUCUCUUUCUCAUCCCUAACCCCACACCCCCUCCCCUCCCCUCUCCGGCCAGCCUGAGGGAGCCACUGCACUGCCAAGCAAACGCUAAGACUCAAACGCAAAACCUCUCAGUCCACGGCCCGGUGAGGGGAGAGAGAAAGAGAAGCAAGCAAGCAAGAAGGCGGUGCCUCAUGCAGACCUCUGCAGCAAGUCUCCGAGGAAUGGACUGUGUCACCUCCCCACCCCUAGCACCGCCCCUGGCCAUCCCAACACUGUUUAGCUGCAUGUUGUCCAAGAAGGGAGUACAUGUUCUCUUUUUAAUUCAGCCAGCCAGUGGGAGAGCGUUUGUGGAGGAUACGACAACGGAAGAAAAGCAAACACAUGCACACACAAUGUGUGCCAAAGGACUUGUUGCCACGGCAGAGAAAAAAGAGAGAGAGAGAGAGGCAGGAGACCAGGAAAUGUGCGUGAGCAGUGGCGCCUCGAAGCCGCCCUUUGUCAGAGCCGCUGCACCCUGUGGUCGGCAGGCUUCGCUUCCUUUCCAGGUAUCAGCAGGUCGAGGGUUUCGCCAGGCGCCGGGGAUCUUGCAGUCGUCUUUGCGGUUUUUGCUGUUUGCGUUUUCUCCCUCUUCCCUCCCCAGUUUCUCCCCCUCCCUCCCUUUCUGUUCUCUGCUCUCCCUUCCCCCUUUAGUAAUGUAAUCUCCCUCCUUGCCGAUGUGAUUUAUUUGUUCCCAGUUUAAGUUAAUUUCUCCCCUCCUCCUCUACCCUCACCCUCCACCCCAUCUACCUUUGUCUGUUUUACAGAACGAAUAAUGUUUUCACUUUCUGUCAGUGUUUAAAUAUAAUAAAAGGAAAUCCUUCUUGACACUGGUUCUCUCUGUUCCAAGCUCAGUGAGAGAAGCGAGGGUGUUGGCGUAACAAAUAGAGCAAAUUUAGGGGU